GGGGUGGGGUGGGGUGGGGGGAAUAACAGCAGCCCCCUUGGUAAGAAUUUCCUGUUGCUCCGGCCUUAAUGCUAAACAGAUCUGCUCUCUCCCCAAUCCAUCCCGAGGGCUCCCGACUCCUGUCAAAGGAUUUCCUCAGCCCUGCCGAAGCUGCAGGAGUUGGAUGGGAGGAGAGAGUUAAACGCUGCGCUCCGGGGAGCUGCCGUCUCGAAUUUGAUGAAAUGUGGAGGAAGUGGUGUAAAGUCCGAUUUCCACGUAAAAUAUAUAUAGGUUUAGUUUCUGGGCAGAAUUUCCUGGGGUAUUCCUGACUUCAUUUUUGGACCAUUUUGGACAAGUUGAUUAGCUUCUUAAUACUUCAUCAUGUCAGCAGGACACCUUUGAAUACAAGUACCAAACCCCAGAAUAUCUGUUUGCGUCCCAUGGCCUCCUUUGCUACUAUGCUGGGUCACCAUAUUAAGUGGAAUUUCCCAGAAUUGUGCUUCCUGAAGAUGCUGUCGGGCACGAGAACUGGGAACAGGAUUUCCCACCAAAGCAGUGAGCAGUUGUGUGAAACUGCCAUGUUGUAACUAUAGAUAUUCAGUCAUUUGCCUAAACUUAGGAGGAAGAACAAGGAAAGGUGAAAAGAAAGCAAGACUUCUUGUCUCACUAUUCGGAGUGUUAUUCCUGGUUUACUAGACUAUAUGAAUUGAUGAUUACCAACUUUCUCCUCUGUGGACUUCAUCAGCACUGAACCUACCGUUCCUAUCUGCCGGCUGAACGUUGCCAGGAGCAGAGGCGUUGGUGUGCCUGGUAGGACUGGUCACAUCGAUGGAUAUCCCGAAGGCAGAGAUGAGCCUCAUCACCAACAGCAUUCAAGCUUAUAUGCACAUUGCUUCAAACCCGGAGAAGGCAGCCUUGUACUUCAUCACUGGGGUGUGCUUCGGUCUCAUCCUGACACUCUGCUUGCUCGUGAUCCGAAUAUCCUGCCACGCUCGGACGGUGGCCACAGACCCCGUCAGCAGGAAGGAAGAAGACGGCAGCGAGGAGGAAGAUGAAGAGGAGGAUGAAGAUGAGGAGGUGGACAGUGGGCUGCCUGCGGCAACGGACUUGGCCCUGGUCAACCACAACCAGGCCACCACGAGCUCCAGCGUGAACGUCUUCACUUCCGCUGAGGAACUGGAGCGAGCCCAGUUGUUGGAGGAGCGCGAGCGGAUCAUCCGUGAGAUCUGGCGCAGCGGGCAGCCGGACAUCUUGGGAAGCGGCUGGCACCAGUUUGAAAUGGAAAUGCUACCAAAUGGCGUUCAAAGGGAGCAUCAAACCUGGAGCCCAAACUCCCACGGGAAGUAUUAAGGAGCAAGAAAGAGAGAGAAAGCCGAUGCAAAAAAAAAUAUUUUUUUAUUUAGCUCUGGACAUGCAGAAAACACAUAACCAAAGACAAGUAGUUAAAUAUUUGCACCAUGUGUAUGGAAUUAACUGAACCAAAAAGCACACAGAAGCACGAUGGAAGUAAAGCUUUUGCAGAAUAUUCAGAACAGGUUUGUGAGCCACCGGGCAUGGCAGAGAACUGCUGUUAGGAUUGCUAAAGGCCCCGUCAUUGGUGCUCUGUGAGGGGAACAGCCAAGAAUCAUUCCGCAGGGAGAUGGGAGGAAGAAAGAACUUAUCCUCGGAGAUUACCCAAGUCUGUUUGGGAUCCGCGACAUCAGAUGUUGACAAUCCGAUAAUUUCAAAUGAGAAAUUAGCUAAUUACUGAUCAGAAUCUCCCAGGCUCUUUGGGUUUAGAUUUCACUGGGAUUAGCCAGUGAUUCAAAAGGAAACAUUCCUUAUCCUCCUUGAACUCAUUAAUCCCACCUAGACUGGGACCAAAUCGAUUGUCUUAAAACCAAUCCCUUUGUAUAUUCUAAUACAGUAUUUUUGACAAACUCUGAAAAGCUUGAUGUUUCAGGCAAUGGAAAAAUGUAGUGAUCUGAAUCUGGUUGCAGAGAUCAAGGUGCUUGAAUUCUUUAAGUGCACUUGUGAACAACGGUACUGAUAUGGUAGCUUUACCCGUAAAUGGGACCAGUGUGUUAUAUGUUGCUUAAAUGUAUAGUCCAAUAUUUUUACGGCGUGACAUUCCUAUAUAUGUCUUGCCAGUAUAGUCUGUGCUUUCCCUGUGAUUGUGCAAAAUAGUACGUUAAAUGUGACCCACUUGCAAAGAUGAAGGUGCUACACGUAAUUAUCAGAAGUGCCUUAUUACUGGUUUCUUAGAAGCACAGACAUGCUAUUGAAAAAACCCUUUACUUCUGUGGAUUGGUUCUAUUUUGGUUGCUGACCUUCUGGCUGAGUUGGAAAAUGCGUCAAAUUCUUGUUUUGUGCCCCUUUGAAAAUUCUGUGUCAGGGAGCAAGAGCCCAAGUCUCUUUGCCAGACUAUACUUAGUUUGCUGGUUCCAAGUGCAGCAGCUGGCCCCAGAGUUACUGAUGGGAGUGCAGACUCAAGCUUCUAAUCACGAUCCUGAGUACCAACUGUUUCCAAAGGACAGAAGCAACUCACUUCGCAUAUUUGGGUAGGGGAUGUAAAGGUAAUUCUUCACCGUUGAUUGCACUUCAGCUAAAGUCACUCUCCAAAAAAAAAACAACUGAAGUAAUCGAAACGUGCUAGUCUCAUAAUGACCUGACUAUGUGGGGAACCUUACUGCAGACAUAAGAGAUGCUGCAGGAGCUGGGGAUCCAGAGAAACACACACACAAAAUGCUGGAGGAACUCAGCAGGCCAGGCAGCGUCUAUGGAGGGAAUUUUACAGUUGAUGUUUUGGAAGUUUAUUUUAGGAUUUGAGUAUCACGGUUCAUUCUCGGCUUUGGAUCAGCUCAAACGCACUCCAGAUUGCAAGCCAUCUUAUCUCUGUGUGACCUGUAAGUAAGGACAUCAGCCCAUACUUCAUUAAGUUACUCCUGCUGCGGAGAUCUGCCCUCUCAGCUCUCUUUGAAACUGUCCGCAUAAUGAAGGAAAACCUAUGUUAGGUGAGAUACAGCACUGAACAGGAACGAAACUAGCACUGGAAACCAUUUUUUAUAAUGGAAUCCUACACGCUUCUACAUGGCUGGGUCAUGAAAGUCAGUGGGGUGUGUUUUAAAGCUUCAGAAGCCCUUUAUCAGCCUCAGCUCAUUAUUACUGAGGGUAAACUGUAAUGAAUUCUACAUUAAGUUUGUCCAUUAUAUGUCCACAAAAACCAUAGGUAGUGUGAAGUGAUUAAUUUUUUAGGAAGAAUGGGGGAGGCAAUAUGAAGCAUAGUGAAAAAUUAAUGCAGGUGCAAGAGUCAUCAAUUCUUGAAGAUAGCAAGGAUAAUGCUUAAUGUCAUAAAAAGAGGUAAUUGAUUUGUAGAAGCUUUCAGCAUUUUCCAGUCACUGGACUGCUCCUUUGGAAGCAUCAAGUUCAGUUCUGCAGGGGAGAUUUAUUGAACUGAUGCUGAGUGUUCUGAUUUUUAAUCAUGUGGCUAGAUUGAACAACGUUGUGGUUGGAGCUAAAAAGAUUCGCAGGAGAUUUAACUAAGGUGUUCAUAAUUAUGUUUGCUAGAGUAAACAAGUAUAGUGGCAAAGGGAGAGGUAACCAAGAUCACAGAUUUUAAUGUAAUUGCAAUGGUGAGGUGAGAUUAUUUUUCUAUAAUGUGGGUGGAAAGGUUGGCCUGAGUGUUGGAAGGGUUAGGGCUGGUAGACUCAAUAAUAACUUGGAAAAUAGAAAUUGAUAUAUCCGUACACUCAGUGGCCACUUUAUUAGGUACACCUGUACACUGACUUGUUAAUGCAAAUCAGCCAAUCAUGCGGUAGCAACUCAAUGUAUAAAAGCAUGCAGAUAUGGUCAAGAGGUUCAUUUGUUGUUCAAACCAAACAUGAGCAAAGGGAAGAAAUGUGAUCUAAAUGACUUUGAGUGUGGAAUGGUUGUUGGUGCCAGACGGGUGGUCUGAGUAUCUCAGAAACUGCUGAUCUCCUGGGAUUUUCAUAAACAGUCGUCUCUAGAAGUUUACAGAGAAACAAAAGAAAAAAAUCCAGUGAGAGACAGCUCUGUGGGUGGAAAUGUCUUGUUAAUGAGAGAGGUCAGAGGAGAAUGGCCAGACUGGCUCGAGCAAACAGGAAGGUGACAGUAACUCAAAUAUCAGCAGUGUUGAGCAGAAGAGUAACUCUGAACACACAACACGUCAGUCCUUGAAGUGGACGGGCUAUAGCAGCAGAAGAACAUGACCAUACACCCAGUGGCCACUUUAUUAGCAACAGGAGUUUCCACUGAGUGUAAAGGGAAAUCUUUACUUCUGCCUGGUUAAGGCAUGUUGUGGGUUAGCCUUCAUUAGUUAGGGGAUUAAGUUCAAAAGCAAUAGAUAAUGUUUUUCUAUAAAACAAUGGUUGGACCAUUCAUGGUAUUGUGUUCAGAUCUGGUCACCUUAUUAUGGGAAGGAUGUGGAAGCUUUAGAGAUGGUGCAGAGAUUUACCAGGAUGCUCCCUGGAUUAGAGAGUGUAUCUUGGGUUAAAUGAGCUAGGGCAAAAGAGGAUGAGAGGCAGCUUGAUUGAAGUGUAUAAGAUGGUAAGAGACAUAGAGUAUUACCAUACCCAGGCAGACCCUUCAGCCCAUCCAGUCCUUGCCAAACUUUUAUUCCAAUGAUAGAGAGGACAGUCAGCACCUUUUUUCACAGGGUGGAAAUGGCAAAUACGAGAGGGCAUACUUUGAAGCUGAUUGGAAGAAAGUAUGGGUAGGAUUUUUAUACUGGGAGUCGUGAGUGUGUGGAAUGCACUUUCAGGGGUGUUGGUAGAGUCAGAUACAUGAUAGACAUUUAAAAGACUUCUAGAUAGAUGAAAGCAAAAUGGAAGGGAAGUGUUAGAUUGAUCUUGGAGUAGAUUAACAAGUCAGCAUAGUAUUGUGGGCUGAAGGACCUGUGCAGUACCUUCCAUGUUCUAUAUUAAUCCAAAACUGGAUGAAAUACUGGCUGAUAUAUGGUGAUCAAGCAGGCGUCUAACCCACCCAAAUCUAUGAGCGGGAUCCUGACAGAUGGAUUUUUUUUUGCCAGAGUUGCAUUCCCUGCUCACUGCACUGCUGUCCUGACAGGUCUUCACAUGCAUGAUUUCUUGACAUGCAUGAGUCCAGCGACAGAGUCCAAUGGUGAUGAGGUCUCCAGUGAUUUAUUUCACAUGACCUGCACACACACACACACACACACACACACACACAUCCUAAGCAACACACACAAAAUGCUGGAGGAACUCAGCAGGCCAGGCAACAUCUUUGGAAAAGAGUUACUGUCGACGUUUCGGGCCAAAACCCUUCAGCAGGACUGGAGAAAGUAAGCUGAAGAGUAGAUUUGAAAGGUGGGGGAGGGGAGAGAGAACCAUAGGUGGGGGAGGAAUGAGGCAAAGAGCUAGGAAGUUGACUGGUGAAAGAGGCGGAAGGGCAUGGAAGAAAGAAGAAGGGGUGGGGGGAGGAGGAGCACAAGAGGGAGGCAAUGGGCGGGCAAGGAGAUAAUGUGAGAGAGGGACAAGAAGAUGGGAAAUAGUGAAGGGGGGUGGAGGCAUUGCUGGAAGUUUGAGAAAUCAGUGUUCAUGCCAUCAGGUUGGAGGCUACCCAAAUGGAAUAUAAGGUGUUGUAUUUCUAACCUAAGUGGAGGACGCCGUGGAGAUCCUGAUGGGCUUUGACAAAAACAGAACAAUAGGUGGAGCUUUGUCAGCUGUCAAAGCUAUCAUGGAUUUUAAUACCUUUGAACAUUCAGGCAUAUUUAAAAUAUGUUAAAAUUGAUAUGAGUGAUUAAAGCAAUUACAUGUAAUUUGAAAGUAUUAAAUGGAGUUUAAAAAAAACUGUGACCUAAUCCACAUGUCUGGAACCCUUCGUGAAGUAAAGUGGGGCUCUCAGCCUUGAUUGUGCAUUCUGUGUGAAGUCCUGCACUAGUAUCUAACCUGGACUAUCUCCACCAGUAAAGGAUCUUUCCUCUCUUUUUGUGUCUCAUCCACGUGGGAAGGUGAGAAACAGACGUGGGAAGGUGAGAAACAGAAGUGGGAGUCAGCAGGAGACAGCCAGGAAACCCAAGAAACCCUCUCUCAAUUAGGCUAUGGUUAAUCUCGUAUCUUAGUCUGUUCCCUUGUCCAAUCUACGUUCAAUGGAAAUUCUCCCACUCAGCAGCUCCAACAUCUCACCUUGAAGAACACAACUUCUGCUGUACAUUCUUCCUCAACACUCAGAAUCACUUCAGUUGGUAGAAAAUAAUCAGAACCCUUCUGAGGAACAAGAACAUAAACACCACACCCUUGGUAACAUCUCAACAUCCUUUAUUGAUAAUGGGCAUUGAUGAGAACCCAAGCCAUCACUGGAAUGUUUUCCUGGCUAAGAAACAGAACACCAACAACCUGGAUUUACAUAGAACCUGUAACACAGAGGAAAGUCUCAGGGACUUCAUGAGAGUGUCCUUUAAGGGAGAAAAAGCUCACUUAGUGAAACACCUGAGAUCUAGGCUGAUCCACCCUUUGUAACAAGGUAUUCAUAUUGGAGUUUAACAUUGCCUCAACUGCAUAAAGGUGCAUAGGAUUAACUCAGAUGUUGAUCAGUUGACAAUACCUCUCUGAAUUAGAAUUUGUUUCUAUUAUAACUGUUGCUGUAUCAUAGGUGUUACAUUUUUUUAACUACCUAAAGUCUUCAUUAAAAUGGGAGACAAAGAUUCUGCACAGGGAUGUGUCAAUGGGUUUAACCUUCCUCUUGUGCAUCUAGAUAUCACACAGGAAGGAGAGUGAACUAUUCGUUUCCAGGUUGCAAUUUAAAAACGCUUAUUUCAAAUGUUGCCUCACGUUAUAUUUUGUUUUGCUUAAUAAAAAAAUAUAGUUGAAUUAGGUCAAA